UGGUUAUGAAUGUUCGCUCCGAUUUUUCAGUUGACCGGCUGUGAGGAAAUUUGAUAUAUCACAAAUUUCAAAAAAUCGUGUUUUUGUUAGACAUAAAUAAUUUGCACCAUUAUUUAUUUGUUAUUUAGUACAGUGUGUUAAGUUACCUUUAUUUUAUUAUAAUAAAGUGUUAAACGAGAAACCUAACUACUUUCAAACUAUAUAUUUAAAAAAAUGACUGGACGCCCAAGACGUCGAGCAGCAGUUAAGGCUACGCAAAUAAUUGAAAUAUCUGACUCCGAUGAUGAUGCACAAGUCGUAACCAGAAGAGGACGUGACAGCUCAUUUUCUCCACCUCCGACAAAAUCAGCACGUAUAGAUACCGCAGCACGAGCAUUAGCGGGAAGAGAAGUCGCCUCCACAAGCACAGCUGGAAGAAAACGUUGGCCCACAGACAAAACUAAAGAUAAAGUGUCACAACCGGCUGAAAAACGCACCAAAAAGGACAACAAAUCAACCUCGAAAUCAAAAGAGAAUAAUAAUAAAACCAAUUCAAGAAAUGAAGCUGAUAAUAUAGAGCAGCAAGGAAAUGAAGAACAGCAUAUGGAUUUGGAAGCUGAACAACAGCAGCUUCCUGUAGAAACGGUUACGGACGGCCAAUGUUCAUCGAGUGCUGAUAAGGACAGACCUGCACGUGAUUCCACCACUUAUACUGGUCGCAGCUCAUUUUGGGCACGUCGGAAAGUGUGGCGCGUCGAUGAACUGCUUGCCGAAAAAGAGAACGUUGAGCCCAGUACUGCUAAGAAUAUCGUACAAUUGCUUGAAAAUGAGAAUACAAUACCAUUCAUUUGUCGCUAUCGGCGUGAUUUAAUCAAUCACAUAACGCCUGAAAGAUUGCGCGAUAUAAAAAAUUCAUACACAGAAAUCGUAGAAUUGCGUAAGCGUGCCGAAACGAUUGUAACACAAUUAGAGAAAGAGCAACAAAUAGGCGAUGAAGUGCGUACGGAAAUUUUAUGCGCCAAAAGUAGUGAAGAAUUGGAAUUUUUGUAUGCACCUUAUAAACCGGCAAGCAAAGGCUCACUGGCCGAACGUGCUAAAGCGCUUGGUUUGGGUGACGCUGCAGAUCGCUUGCUGUUCGGUGAAGCGCCACAAGUGCGUUUGGAAUCGCUAGUAGAUCGCAAUAAUGCCGACUUGGAUAAUGUGGAGAAAGUGUUACAAGGCAUAUGUCACAUCAUUUCCCACAAUAUAAGCAAACAUACAGGUGUUUUGGAAGAGUUGCGUCGACUACAAAAAGUGCACCGCAUUGUACUAAAGUGUACCAAAUCUAAAACUCCCGGCACAACAACCGCUACCAAAUCUUCAACAUCACUUAAGAACCAAUCGAAUAAUAAUAAUAACUCGUCACAUUUAAAGAAUAAAACGGAUGCCUCAAAAUAUGAGACAUAUUAUGACUUUCAACAAGAUGUACGUUAUUUAAAACCACAUCAGGUACUCGCCAUCAAUCGUGCGGAAAAGCAAAAGUUUCUAACUGUAAAGAUAAUCAGCGCUGAUUAUGUAAAAAAUGAUAUCAAACGCUUCACGCGCGAGUUGUUUAUGAAUGAGGGACUGCGUUAUCCACUGCGCAACCAGGUGUUCGAGCAGGCAUUCGAGGAAUGCUAUAGCAAAAAAUUGCAACCGCUGUUAUCACGACAACUGCGCAGCGAUCUGAAUGAAUCCGCCAAAAAAGCUGCCAUCGAUGUUUUUGCGCAAAAUCUGAAACAAUUAUUGCUCCAAUCGCCACUUAAAGGCGAGCGCAUUCUUGGUAUUGAUCCAGGUUUUACAAAUGGUUGCAAAUUGGCGUUAAUCUCCGAAACAGCAGAUGUUUUGGAAACCAAUGUUAUAUAUCCGCAUGCGCGUAGCAGCAACGCUGAGGAGGUGGGUGAACAAUUAGCAAAAUUGCUAGCUAGACACAAUUGCAAAAUAAUAGCUUUGGGCAAUGGUACUGCCUGUCGCGAAACGGAAUUUUGGCUAUCCAACCUUUUCGAUUGGGGCAUUUUAGAUAAAAAUAAUGUGCGGUACAGCAUUGUUUCCGAACAAGGCGCUUCCAUAUACUCAUGCAGCGAUGUAGCGCGCAAAGAGUUUCCAGAUAUGGAUAUGAAUGAGAUUAGUGCCGUGUCCAUCGCACGUCGCUUAAAUGAUCCGCUUAGUGAAUAUGUGAAAAUAGAGCCACGACACAUUGGUGUCGGCAUGUACCAGCAUGAUGUGCCAGAAAAAACGCUGAACGAGGCGCUGAAUGAGGUGGUCUCGGAGUGUGUAAGUUUUGUGGGCGUGGAUAUCAACACCGCCAGUUUGAGUGUAUUAAAGCAUGUAGCCGGCUUGAGUGAGAAGAAGGCAGAAAAAAUCAUUGAACAUCGCACAAGUAGUGGUCCGUUUCAAACACGUAAGGAUCUUUUGAAAGUGAAGUCUAUUGGCGAAAAGACAUUUGUGCAGUGUGCGGGCUUUAUACGCAUCGAACCCUUGAGUGUUGGUGGGAAGAUUGAAAAUAUGCUGGACUGCACCUGGGUGCAUCCAGAGAGUUAUGCUGUUGCCAAAAAAAUCAUAAGCAAAUGCAAAUUGUUGCUUAAAGACAUCGGCACCACACCGUUCAUCUGCAAAAUUAAAGCUUACGCCUUGCAAUGUGAUAUAGAAGAUCUGGCAGAAGAUUUUCAAAUACCAAAAGAGCGUGUUGAUGUUGUGCUAAUGGCCCUACAACGCGAGCUUACACAGGACUAUCGUGCAGAAUUCGCUAAACGUCCGUUAUUCAAGCAAGGUCUAACACGUAUAACUGAACUUAGUGAGGGAGAUGUUUUGACGGGUGCUGUCUCAAAUAUCACACACUUUGGCGCUUUUGUUGAUAUUGGCGUCGAAUGUAAUGCGCUUAUUCAUAUAAGUAAAAUGCAGAAUAGAAACCUAAGCGUGGGCGAUCGUGUAACUGUUUCGAUCAUACAAAUUGAUAUACCACGUAAACGUAUUGGUGUACGUCUGGAGGAUAUGAUUAAGGAGACAGAUACAUCAUUUACGUUGACCUAAUUAAAUUAAGUUAAUUUUCUUAAGUAAUGUUAGCGUAAUGCUUAGAUAACUUUUAGUUACUAGAAGUUAAUGUUGUCUUGCAUACGUAGUUUUGUUUACGUAUGCAUUGGAAGCAUAAAAUAUUCACUAAGAACAAAUGAGCAUUAUAGAAAAAAAAUUAAAUAAUUUCAAUAUCAUGAACCAUCAUUUUAGUUUAAUAAUCAAAAUUAUUAGAUGAUCUGGACAUUUUUCAUCGUUCUAAGCAUAAAAGUAUCGAAAUACAUAAGGUACUGACAAAAUAUAUUACCAUCCAAGAGUUAUACACUUUCUAUUUAGUUAACCUCUCUAACUGAAAUUUUAUGUUGAAAUGUUGCGAUCUCUAAUUAUUCGAUCAUUCCACUGCGCUGGCGCAUUAUUUAGAGGAACCGUCAAACUUCGCUUGGACUAAUAUCUCUACUCUCGAAAUUGUUUUUUAUAUUCGUAAAAUGAACUUGCUAAUGUUAUAAUCUAUAUUCUAAAAAAUCUAAGGAUUUGUUAUGAAUUAAAGUUACACAGCGUCGAAAACGCCAAGUCUAUCGUUUUUUUUUUUUGCAGAACGCACAAAACAUUUGCCAAAUAAUUUUGAAGAAUUAUGCCGAGUUGACAGACCUUUCCCGAAUAAAAGCGAAUACAACAUUUCAGACAACGGACUUCCCAAUGUGGUACUGGUCUUUGCUAGCUAAUUGCUAUUGACUACUAUAACAAGUGGUCUUAUUACCAACAACUAUGACGCAAGCUGAUGAGUCUCUAUCGGUUUUCGCAAAUACUAAAUUUUUUAAAGGCCAAACGGCACAUUUCCGUUGUAUGGUAUAAAUUCUCGAACUACCGGGGACAUUGGUCAAAAUGCGACAGCUGCUCUUUUAAGAGUUUGAAUAUUUAAGUUAUACAAUUUCAAAUUAUAUAUUAAAUAAAAUAUAAUUAAAUGAAAAGGCCAUUUGUAAUAAUAACAAUGAUGAACACUGUAAAGAAUGAAUAACAAAAAGCACUGUAAAAAAUUAGAUCGAAAAUGGCCGAACAUAGUAGUUUGUUCAAAAUCAAUUAGUGAAAACAAUUCUUGGAAAAUAUAGGAAACUCGGGCGAAAGCAGUUUUCAAAUUAGAUUUUCGUUCAAAAAAACUCAUUGCAACUAAUAAAUUUCAAGUUUUACAACAAUUAAUUGCUAAUAUUGUACCAUUGUUAAUUAAUAAAACGAAUAACAACAAAUACACGAAGAUUUAAAUAAAGCAAGAAGCUGUUAUAUGUUUUAUGUGAAGAAGCUUGCAGUACCGCUAUUAAUUUUAUUGUCACUUAACAACGAACAGCAAGAACAAGCAUAUAAAAAAAAUAAAAUAUAUAUCGAAAAAACAAAAAUAACAACAAGCAACUACUACUAGGUCAAACUAAAACCGAAAACUAAACAAACAAACAAACGAGCA